AUGUCACUAACAUACGAAAAUGAAAAUUCAACAUUUUCUAUGUAAAUGGAUGAAUUUCCGAACAAUUUCGACUUUAAGGCAGUAAUUAUGGAUCAUGAUUUAGAUAAAAUGUUGUCUAAGAAUAAAAAAAAUCCUCUCCUAUUUAAUAAAGGGUUUGCAAAGAAAGUUCAAAGCUUCUCACCCAUUUAGUCAGAAAACAAUAUAAUUGAUCCUCUUAAUAUGAAUAAAAAUGAGGAUGAAACCUUUUAAAAAAUGGAUUUCUCUCAAAAUUAAAUGCCAAUUGACCAAAUAAAUGUUAAUAUAGAAAAUAGUGAGAUUCCGAAUAUAAAUGGACAAAUAAGUAAUAACUAGAGUUACCUAUUAAGUGAUGCUAUUAAAAGAAUAACAGACUUUCAUUACAACAAUGAUAAAUACACUGAAGUGAAAAAUAGGGCUGAUGAGAUGGAUUCAAUAAUAAAUAUUUCUCAUCGGGAAAGAGAACCAGAUUCUGCAAUGCUAAAAUCUUCUAAACAUCAAAAGAUGCUUGAUCAUUCACCUAUUUAAAUGAGACGACAGCUAACUCCCAAGAGAUAUGUUAAGAUUGCUAAGAAUAAAGCCAACCCCUCUACAUCACCAAUGAUAAUGCCAAAAAAUACAGGAGGAUUAAGGAGAAUGAAUAAGGACAAAUCGCCUAUGUCAGCAUUAGAAAGGAAAAAGGAUAAAGAUAAUAUUGAUGAAAAAGAGAUAAAUUUGUUUAAAAAGAAAAAGAUAAAAACAAUUAGGUAAGGAAAAGGUGAUGGUACUUUAAAAACUAAAAAGGCUAAGUAAAAAGAUAAGCCUUUCCCAGAUCUUUAAUCAUAAGGAAGUUUAGAUUCAAUUAAGAGUGGCUUUGGUGGAGUAUAAGGACUCUUAGAUAUCUUUCACAAUAAUAAAGGUAAAGAUUCUGCCAGAAGUGAAAUGGAUAAGUAUUAAUUAAGGAAAAAAACUAUUAAGAAUGAGGAGAAAGAAAAGUAGAAAGAUGGUCCCCUAAAAGGGAUUUUAUUAGAUCCUAAUCGUAAAAAGUAGAUGAAAAAGCAUUUUGUAGUAUUUGUAGAUUUGCCAGAAUUUAAAGAAGGUGACGAAGAAGCUAUUAUAAAUAAGAACAGAAAGAAGUAUAAAAAGGAAAGAGAAUAGAUAAACAUUCAUAGGCUGAAGAAGAAGCUUCAUAAAUUUGUUAUUAAGCCAAAUGAUCCGAUUCUAAGUACAAUCUAUCCAAAAUACUAUUUAAGUGAUUAAAUAGAGAAGAAGAAGUUUGUUACUGAAAUUGAGGUUUGCAAAAUACAUAUUAAGUUCUAAAAGAAAAACAAACCAGCUGAUAACGGGGAAAUCUUUAAUAGCUCAAUUAAUGCUCUGAAGAAGACUAUAUAAUUUUCUGAUAGAAAGAAUACAUUACUCUAUCCUGUAUAUAGGAAAAACUAAGUGAUGACGUAUGAUGUAUCGACUUAUGUGAAAUUAAUUGGCCAAUAAACCUUUAAACUCUAUUUGUCUUAUCGAAGUUACCUAAUUGAAAUGCUGAGUUAACUAAAAGAGGAUUUUGAACUCAUCUUAUUUUCAUCUAAGAAUUCAUUGAAAUAUGUUGAAAAGGUUGCUGAGGCUCUAGAGAAGGAUAAUGAAAAAUUCUUUGAUCACAUUAUUUGCAUUGAUGAUAUGUACUACUACAAGGAUAUAGAUUUUUACAUUUUGGAUUUGAAUGUGCUAUUAUUUCAAGCCAAUUUACCUAACACGAUAAAUGGUAAUAAUGUCAAUGUCCAAAGUCUUUAGUAAUCCCAAAGCAAUCUGGCAUAAGAUAAACUGUAUACUUAGUUAAAUCAUACUAUGAAUUAGGCUAAGAAUUCUGAACAAACAGCUGCAUCUAAUUAACCACAAAAGCCACUUAUUAGAAAUCUUAAGGAUGUUAUUGUUGUAGCUAAUACAUGUGGGAUGUCAGAGAUGUGA